AUGGCCGAUAUGGAUGAGUUGUUUGGGAGUGAUGGAGACAGCGACAAUGAGCAACGAGAGUCUGGUUCAGGCUCUGGUUCCGAGUCAGAGCAAGAGAGACCGCGUUCUGCCAGCAACGCCUCAGGCAGUGGCAGUGAGAGUGAGAGAGAAAGAGAUGAUGAUGAUGAAGAGGAAGGCCACGAGGGAGAAAAACCCAGUAUGAAUAAGGAACUGUUCGGGGAUGACAGCGAGGAAGAAGAGCGCAGUCAACACAGCGACAGUGGACGCAGUGACAACCAGUCCGAGCACUCGGGCAAUCAGUCGGACGCCAGCGUGCACUCAGAUCAGGCUGAAGACGAACACUCCGACGUGGAAAGACACAGCGGCUCAGACCACGGCCAUCGAGAUGAUGACGAAGAGGAUGAGGAAGACGGAGGCCGCCAGUCGGAAGGUGGAAGCCCGGCGGGCAGUGGGAUGUCCGGAGGGGGAAGUCCUCACUCUGAUAGGGGCAGUGUCCGCUCAGACAGAAGCAUUCACAGCGACCUUGGAACCCCACGGUCAGGUGGGGGCACCCCUCACUCUGAUGGAGAAGGCUCAGGUCGGGAGAACCGUUCGGAUGACGAGAAGUGGGAAAGCGGGGCUAAAAGUGAUCAAUCAGAGGACGAAGAGGAGAAACGGCAAUACUCAGAUGAAGAAAGGGAAAACUCUGAUGAUGAAGAGCACAGGAACCGGAAAUCAGAAUCUGCAAAAGGAAGCGAUAGUGAAGAUGAUUUUCUCCAUAGAAGAAGCAAAGCAAAAGCUGCGUCCGACUCUGAUUCUGACAGUGAAGUUGGUGCAAAUGAUAACAAAAAGUCAGCAGCAGAUGACUUGUUCGGCGAGGCUGACGACAUCUCUUCUGACAGUGAUGCUGAAAAGCCCCCGACCCCAGGACAGCCCAUGGAUGCAGAAGAUGGUUUGGAAGGGGAGCAGGCAGAGGAGGAGCCUGUGCCAGAGACUCGUAUUGAAGUCGAAAUCCCCAAAGUCAGCACUGACCUCGGCUCUGACCUUUACUUUGUUAAGCUGCCCAACUUCCUCUCUGUGGAGCCCAGACCUUUUGACCCUCAAUACUAUGAGGAUGAAUUUGAGGAUGAGGAAAUGCUGGAUGAAGAAGGACGUACCAGGCUCAAAUUAAAGGUGGAGAACACAAUUCGGUGGCGAGUCAAGCGAGAUGAGGAGGGAAAUGAAACGCGCGAAAGCAACGCGCGCAUUGUCAAAUGGUCUGACGGGAGCAUGUCCCUCCACCUGGGGAAUGAAGUUUUUGAUGUUUACAAAGCUCCACUCCAAGGAGACCACAACCACUUGUUCAUCCGGCAGGGUACUGGCUUGCAGGGGCAGGCUGUGUUCAAAACCAAGCUCACGUUCAGGCCUCACUCCACUGACAGCGCCACACACAGAAAAAUGACCUUGUCCCUGGCCGACCGUUGUUCAAAGACGCAGAAAAUCCGAAUCCUCCCGAUGGCCGGGCGAGAUCCAGAGUCGCAUCGUAAUGAAAUGAUAAAGAAAGAGGAGGAGCGCCUGCGAGCAUCCAUUCGCAGAGAGUCACAGCAGAGGAGGAUGAGGGAGAAACAGCAUCAGAGAGGCCUGAGCAGUAGUUACCUGGAGCCUGAUCGCUACGACGACGAAGAAGAGGGGGAAGAGUCUAUUAGCUUGUCGGCCAUCAAGAGCAAAUACAAAGGAGGAAGUGGCUUGAGAGAGGAGCGAGCGAGGAUCUAUUCAUCAGACAGUGACGAAGGCUCAGACGAUGACAAGGCCCAGAGGUUGGUUAAGGCCAAAAAGCUGGACAGUGACGAGGAGGGCGAGGGGUCAGCCAAACGAAAGGCAGAGGAUGAUGAGGAAUUGGCCACCAAGAAGGCAAAGAAAUAUGUAAUCAGUGAUGAAGAAGAAGAGGAAGAGGAGGGAGAAGAAGUGGAGGAGGAAGAUGAUGAAUAA